GUUGACCACCGACUGCAGUCAACAUCACCUUCCAUCAGAUGUUUCCCUCGUCGGGAAUGCCAACCUUGGCCCAAUCACUACUUCUGGACAUUUGAUCUGCUCUUCAAGACUCCAUCUUUCCAUCUUCUCUUGCUACUACUGCACACUUGGACAUAUGCUCCUGUUUUGCUCUCAUGGACUCGGUCUCGAGGACAACAUCAACCACCACCACCGCGACACCGAAACAUGAUAUGCUUUUUCCCUUUCGUCGUUCCACCUUAGAAAGGCCACAUGCUUGAGUCCUCUUUACCCAUCAUCACAAUCGAAGUGACAAUACAAUACGAUCCAAGGCGGCAAUACGAUGCCCCGCACGCCGUUCUCUUCCCCUUCCUCCUCCUCCGCCAUCACGACCAGAUCCUCCCCCUCGAUUCGCUCUCUGCUGGUACUAGUCGCCCUUGUCAAUCUCGCCUGGAGUCUCUACCAGCUCCCGCUCAACCGUGUUAUUGAACGCAGACUCUGUCGCGACUUCUAUCUUGGCGCCGACCCUUCGGCAAUUGGCCAUGAUGGAAGCGUGCCCGAGGAGCUGUGCAAGCUGGACAGCAUCCAGCAGGAUCUGGGUAGCAUGAUGGGCCUCAUGGAGACGGGCUGGGUUGCUGGCGACUUUGUCAUGACCAUCCCCCUCGUGUUGCUUGCUGACCGCUACGGCCACGCCCAAGUCCUGCGGCUCAACCUCGUGCCUCGCGUCCUUGUGCUCUGCUGGACGCUUGCCGUCGGCUACUUCGACCACGCCCUUCCCCUGCCCGCCCUUGCCCUUGGCCCGCUCUCGUCAGUCCUCGGCGGAGACUGUGUCUUCAACUCGAUUGUGUACUCGCUGGUCUCGUCGGCUACCCAUGACGAUGUGCAAAGAGCUACCUUCUUCGGCCAGGUGAAUGCUGUCUCGGCCAUAUUCGCCGCCCAGCUUGGUCCUGCUCUGGCCUCUGGCACCAUGAGCAUACUGCUGUGGCUUCCUUUGUGUGCCGGCGUCGUCCUUCUUCUCGCCGCUGUGCCCGUCAUCUCCGGUCUUCCCGCAUCAAACACCGGCAGUCAUAGACGCCAGCACGACCAAGAGUCGAUAGCGCCCCUGCUACCGCAAGACCUCCCUUAUCGUCCGGAUCCCACGCUCAGCAUCACAAGCUUCAAAGAGUCCGUCUCUGGUCGCAUUUCGUCCGUCUUCAAGGUCAUAACCAGCUACCCGCCCAACUUUACACUCCUGCUCGCUAGCUUCUUCUUUACCUCUCUGGCCAGCUCCGACACCAAGCUCAUGGCCCAGUACAUCUCUAAGCGAUAUGGGUGGAAAUUUACCUCGGUCGGCUACUUGCUAUCGGGAAAGGCAGUCUUCAACUUUUUCCUUCUCUACCUUAUUAUCCCUACUAUCUUGCGCCGGCGCCGAUCCCAAUCUUCUCCAUUGUCUUCCUUUCAGUCCCGACGCCUCUCGGACCCGGACGUCUUCACGAUUCAGGACCACAAGGUGGCCGAUGGAUACAACAUCAGCUAUGCUCAAACAUGCCUUAUCUUUUCUGUUCUGGGGGUCGUCGCUAUAGCCAUGGCUUCGACGAUUUGGACCCUGGUACCGUCACUGCUGCUUUACGCCAUGGGCAUCGCACUCCCCAUGUUUACGUACUCGCUACUCAAAUCACCGUCGUUAUUACCAGACCCCAGUGGGCCGGGGAUGAGCGCGGCUGGUGAUGCCACUGUUGUGGUUUCGGAAGCUCAGAUUUUCUCAAUCGUUAUGCUGGUCAAAACGGUAGGCUUGCUGGUCGGAGCACCGACCAUGGCUGCUUUAUGGGUGCAAGGCGUCAAGGUCGGCGGGUACCUAGCACAGAAGAUCUCGCGACGAACCAGAAGCCCCUCAGGCAUAAGUACGCAGUUUCCCAGCGACUUGGUCGACGCAUACGGUCUUCUUCCGCGCACUUGUCUACAUCGACUUCCUUCCUUUCGUCGCAUACCCAUCAUGGCAAACCAACAAUUACCUCCUCCACGCCGUCGUGGGGAUCAUUUGUUCGAGCGAUGGGGGGUUAAGCUACAUGAGGACAGCAACGGCAUUAUCUCCUCUGGAUUACUUCCCAUGUUCCCGACUGUUGACGGACCGUACGGUCUCGCUGAAGACCUUUGGUGGACGCAUAAGCGAGCGCUGCAGGAGGCGGCUACACACGCGCAUCCGAUGCCAAAGUCCAUACCGAAGCCCUCGGGCGUACAGCUGGACGAAUUGUUCUGUACCGAACGGUGGCAGCAGGUCGCUCUCCACGGCCUCAGAACUUGGGAGCUUCCUUCCCUCAACCAAGGUAUCAUAGGGACAAGUUACUGGCAAGAGGUCUUUAUGACGGACCUCUCAAUCAUGCAACUUUCCAAUAUCAGCGUCACAGUUGAGCAAUUCCCGGACAUUGAUCUUAUCCACGUUGACGAGAGCAAGUGGCACAUAGCCUUCCGCCGCAGCCGGUGGUAUGAUUUGCGGGGUGUUGUGUUGGAAAAGGACGUCAACGGGCGCCCUACAAACACUCGAAAUUGGAGUGUAGACGACAACGGCCUCUGGGGUGAACUGCGAGUCGCUAUUGAGAUGGCCAACAGGAUGCUGCACCACGUCCUUUACGGCGACUGGAUUUCUGCACUGCUGGAGGGAUCCACGGAUCCGAUUCCGAAUGUCUUACCACUCUCAGGAAAUCGUAUGCCCCAGCGGAUGGUUUCGCCCGGUGAGGCUGGAAUAGGGCUCAAGCAACCCGACCAGCGGAUCGCCAACCGAAUAUGGCACCAAAUUGAGCUUCUAUCACAGUGGAUAAUCUGGUCGUUUUUUGAUCCGCGGGAUUUGGACAAGUAUGGGUCAUCGGGCCAGCCGGGCGGUGUCACAGCCGGUUACUGCAGCUCAGCACAACUGCGAACGGUGAUGGAGAAACCUCUUAAUCCCAGCGCCCUUCCACACCCGCAUGACCCCGAGGUGUUCACCGAUAUCAAAAUCAAUACUAUGCUUCUCGAAGCGUUGCUUUCCAUCUCAAAUACUCCAGAGGAAGUUGCUUCCAAACACACCACGCGGCUCCAGUUAGCGCUCGUAAUAGUACACGAGUUCAUGCAUGCACUUCAGCAGGCAAGAGUCUAUGUCAGUACUUGCUCAGGCGGGUGGCAAUAUGAACCGUAUUAUAAAAAUGAAGUUUCUGCAGAACUGGGUUGGUCACAGGAACAAUCUCUUCUUGACGCUGUCACAAUAAUUGGACCUGUGAACGUCUUUGUGCCUGACAGCGACUUCCUCUCCCGGGCUGGCCCUGCGUUUACUAUUGCACAAUCAUGGCUUGAUGACCCGACAGUACGUGUAAAAGGUAAAGAACUACAGGAACUAGAUGGUUCUUUGCGUGGUGCGCUGGAUAGAGUUACCUCCCAGAUGAGCCCCCUACCUACAUACUGGUGUUCCCGGUUCCAGUCCCAGAGCUUUUGGGAUUCUCAUGUUGCUGUAUACGGGAAAAGCGCGCUCAAAGCUGAACCAGUGGUGCGCACUAAGCAAAGGAUCAGCAGGGGGAACCAUGUGCGGAUGUACCACGCCAGGGGACACGUGCAACCGUCGCUGUUGCGUCACCAACCGAUAGUACCGAACCAGAUGCAGAGGUUCCGGCUAGAGGAAGAGCAGACGUUCCAAUACAUGGAGUUCCGCAAAAAACUGUGGAAAAGCCUACGGCCUUGGUACAAGCAGUCUUACCGGAUCUGGCAGAAAACCCCGUACUCGUUUCUGCGCCUACGCCGACUGAUUGACCAGUUCCGACAGGCGGUCCUUCAACGAAACCGUGCCGAUGCGGAAGCCGCAGUCAAGGAAUACAGCAGCUACCUCAAUGAACUCGCCUUCGAUCUGAGUACACCCUACAAUUUGACCCCUGCCCCUCCCGGGACCGCACCCUUCUGGUUCUUCGAAUUUCACCAUCAUCCGGCCCUGUGGCCCUUUUGCAUGCUCGAAGUUAUGAUGCAUGCGUCUCUUCCGUAUGACUGGUCAAUCUCAGUGGGGAAGAAUGCAGCACCUCCAUCCGCGCCGACAGCUACCACCAGCAAAGUAUCCUUGCCCAACCGCUGGUUUCCGAGCCAGCACGCCCGGGCUGCCGGUGCCUUUUUCAAGUAUCCAUUGUUCUGGACUUCCGUGGACGAGCCUCCCAACGCCAGUUUGGCCAGGCCUGAUGUCACUGACCCCAGCGAAAUCUACCCGCCUAUGGUCUGCAGAGUGUUCGCCAGGCCCCACGGGACAUUAACAUGGCCUUCACCCAAGAGCCUGACAUCCCUUUACAAAGCUCGCUGGGACAUGCUCUUUGCCACGGAGAAUGAGAGAAUCAAACAACCCAUGAAGAAGUACCCCAUCUCCAAGAGGUUGUGGCAGGCUCUCAUGGACCAGUACAAGCAGCUUCUUAGGCAGAACCAACGCCUCGGUGAAAAUAACAGCAACGGGCAGUGGUUAGACUUUGACUUUGUAUUCCCCCCUUACGAUGAGAACGAUGAGUUUGUGGUUUUGGAGAAGUUCAGCAGGCCCAUGUCAUUCACGCGGUGGAUAAUGACGGGGUUUAGCGCCCCGGACUGGUUUCUGCAAGGCCAUGCGGAUCCUGACAAGCUGACAGUCAUGUCCAAGCCAGCGCCUGCACCGGCGGACGCCCCCGAGGUGUACUUGCCCAGUGAGGAUGAGGGGGAUGGGGAUGCGCCCGAGGUUUGGCAGCGUUGGUGGCCUGUUCACCCUUAUGUGGAUGUGGACAUGGACGUGGACAUGAUGGAUGGGUGAUUUCGAGAGCUGAGCUGCACCACCGACCGGGUCGGGCAUGUCAUGUUUCGUUGAGGCUACAGGCUAGUAAGACGAUCGGCCAGUGACUCGCGCAGGAAGGAACAAGACACAAAGAGAUGCAGAAGCACAUGGAAGAAGAAGAGGAGGAAGGUUCCGGUAAAGUAGGUAAGGCGGGUGCACCGCAUUCUUACAGCAGUUUUGGAUGUUCCUUGUAUUUGUCUUUAUUCAGAUUGUGGUAUAUUGAUGUGGUAUAGUAUUUCCGCUGUAGAGUCUAUGCUUUGUCAUAGGAGCAGUCUGAUAUAUACCAAAGUUCGCUUCACUGCUGUACUUCAUGCUGUGCGACGUUGGUUUUACAGGAGAGUUUGGCGGGAGAUCCUUCUGUUUCACGGUCUGGUCCGAAGCUUGACCUUGAUAAGGGAUUAUCCCAGCACUAUGAUUCAACCAUUAAUACAGGGUUAGCCCG